UUUAAUCAUCACAAAUCUUCACUUGUCUUUGUAAUCCGAGGGGUUUUCGCAGGACUUUGAAUUAGACAUGAGGAGCGUACUUUCUGGAGCGCUGAAAAGUCCACUCAUCCACUUUUUACUAACUUUUCCACUAAUCAGUGGCACACCGUUUCAGUAUAGCAUGUUCCAGGGCAGCGCACACUCUGGCACCGAGACAAGGCAGAGAAACAAAAACUGGUGCGCCUAUGUUGUGCACAAGAAUGUGAGCUGUGCCGUCGUGGGAGGCACGGAGAGUUUCGUGCAGCCGGAGGUCUUGCCGUGUCCGCUGCAGCUGCCAAACUGUGCGCAACAAGUGAUAUAUCGGACACACUUUAGACCCACCUACAGGAUUGGCUACAAGACAGUAACUGAGCUGCAGUGGAGGUGCUGCCCAGGAUACCAGGGGCAUGACUGCAAGGAGCUGAAAGACAUGAGAUUACUUCAAACAGAGCAGGGACAUUUUCCUCCUGCACCGGCUACUUAUGGACAUAUACCAACACAACGUGGUACUGAACAGCAAACAGAAGGCCAGAGAAGCAGUCUCAGGGCAGGGGAGGAGCAGUUCGGAGGUCAGACAGGAGACAGGGUGCUAGGUGGUCAAGGAGGAGCUCACAAUGGACAACACCUGGAGGAGGAGGUGCAACGUCUGUCCCAGAUGGUCCUGGACAUGCAGGCAAGCAUGACUGACAUGUCCUCCAAUCUGAGGAUGAAUUUGCAGGAGGACGCCAGUAAAAUGUUGGUUACGCUGCUAAAUGACCUCAGACAACCUGCCAGUGCGCGCGGUGCAGAGACGCGUACCAUUCAACUGCAAGACAUCGUCUUAGAACAUGAGACAGCACACAUGGAUGAGGUCAUGAACAAGAUCAAUGAGGUCUCAAACACUCUGGAGUCCAAGAGCAAUACCUUGGAUGACCUCUUGGGCCGGGUCAACCACCACGACGGACAGAUUCAAUUGCUAAUGGAGGCUGCUCAGACUCCCCCGGGGACACCCCCUCCGUCUUCCCCACCUAGUGAUGCAGACCUACAUGCCUAUGUGGAUGAGAAGAUUCGUGCCCUGAGAGAUGAGCUGAUGGAGGGCAUGGAAAUCAAAAUUGCUGAUUUGAAGAACUCGUGUGACUAUAAGAUAAUGUCUGUUAAGGACCAGUGUGAGGGACAGGAGGACAACUACCUCAGCCUGGCUGAGCUCAUGGACUCCAAGGAAGCCGACCUCCGCAAAGAGAUCCAGGACCUUAAGGCCAAGCUGGCUGAUUCAGAAAGGGAAGACAAGGUUCUGCCAGGACACAACCUAAUAUCUAACUCUCUUGUGACCCGCGUGGAGAACCUAGAGGUCCAUUGUAACUCAUCGAAGAAGAAUGUGGGCGAGCAGUGCCUCUUUCUGGAGGAGAAGCUGAGAAAAGAAAGAUCAGAGGUCAUUACAGACCUGAGGAAGACUCUGGAUGACAGGCUGACCUCUGUGGAGGACAGAGUUGCCACUAUGUUGGUAGAUACAAGUACCAUCACCCCAUCCAGGGCUCUGGGUGCUCUACAAAGGGAAGUUGGCGACAUGAAGGAGUUCAUCCAGGGGAAUCUCCUCAACUGUAGCACUAGCAUUGACAAAGCGCACAGUGAACUAAACUCUCUGAGAGGACGUGUGGGAAAACUGGAGAGCUCUCUAUCAGAUGUACAACACUCUGUUAGCCAGCAUUCUCAGGAGUUGGAGAGCCUCAAUGCCACCUGUGGUCAGGUUAACACAGGGGGUCCACAGGAGGCCAAGGACCGUGUGGGCCUUAAUAUGACCCUCUGCAAGAGCGCUGACCAUGGCGGAGAAAAAACAGAUGUAGGUAAAAAGAUUGCCAAUAUGGACAGCCGCAUCACUAAUGUCGAGAGUGUGUGCAGUAAGCUGGAGCCUAUUGCAGACAGCCUGCAGAGGAUCAAAGAGGGUCUGAAUAAACAUGUCAGCGGGUUGUGGACUCACGUCAACCAGCUGAAUGGCACGCUGAAAGCUCAUGCCCGAGAUAUUGGAGGACUGAAGGGAACUUACCAAAACCCCCAGAACCACAUCACUGGAGACCUCCAGGAUCUAACACACAGUUCUACUGCAAGGACAGGUGUCAAUGUUAAUGGUAUGGAGGGCUCAGGACAUCCUCACAGGUCAACUCCUCAGCACAGCCACAGCAUGCCAGUCGGCCCGCCAGACGCCACCCUCCCACAGCCGCAGGUACUGGAGACCGGAGAGGCGGGUCCUCCUGGCACCAUGACGACAUCCAAGCUGCCCAAAGGGGCCGACGGCAGCAUGAUGCCCGUCCAAGGCUUUGCUGGAGCCCCAGCUUCGCCUGUCAAACCCACCGUCUCUCUAAAGCUUAGCGUGCCAGGGAUUUCAGAUGCACACAAGACUCAGAGGCUGUCUGUACAGAAACCUGUCUUGGCUCCAGGUGAGGGGGUGUCCUUUUCAGCCGGUCUGAACCUUCUGCCUUUCUCCGGAGACAUGGGAAUAAUUCGCUUCAACAAUGUGCUGGUCAAUGAUGGAGGACACUACGACCCUCAUACAGGUAUCUUCACGGCUCCUGUGGACGGCCGUUAUCUGGUGACGUGCGUGCUGACAGCCCAGCGAGGCGAGAGAGUCGAGGCAGUCCUCUCGGUGUCCAAUCGCAGCAUCCAGAAGCUGGACACCGCAGGCUUCCAGUCCGAGGCGGCAGCAGCCACACAUGAACAAUGCAGCUGUGGCGGCUCGACCUCCCUGAGCCUGGUUCUCACCCUGAGGCGAGGAGACCGGGCUGGACUGGUCAUGACUGCUGGAAAGCUCGCCAUCUCAUCGUCCCCUGAGAUCCUGUCAUCCUUCAGCGCUGUUCUGCUUUAUCCAAACCCAGCCAAAAGAUAGCCCGAGACAAAGAAGGGCUCAUCCCCUGGAGAGAAAAUCUCCUGCCCUUUUCAAAGACAGUUCAUAUGUUCUCCAUGGAGUAUAAAGUUCCUCAGUAGGUAUACAACAAGGCAAAGAGACAUAUAUCUCCCAGGAAGAGACGAGAAAGCAUGAAAGAGUUAAUUAAAGAAGGAAAAAUGCAAAAAAUGUUCCUUUAACUAAUAACUGAGAAGAUGCAAGCUGUUUCUAUGAUGAGUAUUAAUAUAUAGUGUUGUUUUACUAAAUUUCUGUUUACAUUUCUGAGUGUUGAAUCAUAUUAUGGCCUUUACGUGUAGAUUUUACAUUCUACUACUGUGCCUGGACAAUUACUUGUUUAUCUAUUGCAGUACACCAGAAAUCAAAGGUAUUUUCCUCAUAUUUAAAAUAUGUAUUUCAAAUAUUUCAACAGUAAAUGCUAAGAAUUGCCUGCACCUAUAAUAUACAGUGUUGUGACUGACGUAGCUGAAUUCAUGAUGUUUCAACAGAGUGAAAAGUCAUUAAUUUGAAAUCUCUGAACAAAACAGCUGUAAUUGUUUUGUUGCUCUUGCCAUUAGAUUUCAGUUUUGGAAAAAUUCUCUCACACAGUUAUUUUAUUUUAUUUUUUUAAUCCUGGCCCUAACCAGGAGUCCUGAUGAAGACUGUUGUAUAUCCCCUCCCCUUCCCUUUGUUGUGCUUAAAAAUUAUAUUAGUUGAUGAUAUGAAGAAUAAAUUGUAAUUGUCUUAGUUUGUGUCUUCAAUACA